AUGGCAGACUCAAAAAUCGAAGAAAUCUUAGCCCCACUUCGCGCUAAUGUAAAAGAGCAGGGUGAUUUAGUUCGAAAACUAAAAGAGGAAAAGGCUCCUGAGCUGGAUGUUAAAAAGGCUGUUGCUGAGUUGAAAGCGCGAAAAAAGAUUUUAGAAGAUAAAGAACUGAGCCUUGCUCCUGCCGAAGAGUUAUUUGAUCGGGCAAAAAUGGAAGACUUAAUAAAAAGACGAUUCUUCUAUGAUCAAUCCUUUGCUAUUUAUGGUGGUAUUACUGGUCAGUUUGAUUUUGGCCCAAUGGGCUGUGCACUUAAAAGUAAUAUGAUUCAAUUGUGGAGGAAGUACUUCAUUUUGCAGGAACAAAUGCUAGAGGUGGAUUGCUCAAUUUUGACUCCUGAGCCAGUAUUAAAAGCUUCAGGGCAUGUGGAAAGGUUUGCCGAUCUUAUGACAAAAGAUGUUAAGUCUGGGGAAUGUUUCCGAUUGGACCAUUUGAUCAAAGCUCAUCUAGAGAAGAUUAAAUCUGAAAAGAACACAAAGACAGAACUAAAAGCUGAAAUUGAAGAUAUUCUAGUUAAACUCGAUGGAAUGACUGCUGAUGAAAUGUCAGCAUUGAUGAAGAGAUUUGAUAUGAAAUCUCCAGUGAGUGGUAAUGACUUAACUCCACCAAUUGAAUUUAACCUAAUGUUCAACACGCAAAUUGGUCCAUCUGGAUUAGUAAAAGGCUUUUUAAGGCCUGAAACAGCGCAAGGUAUAUUUGUUAACUUUAAGAGAUUGUUGGAAUUCAAUCAAGGCCGGCUUCCAUUUGCGGCUGCACAAAUAGGCAACUCAUUCAGAAAUGAAAUAUCUCCAAGAUCUGGUCUAUUAAGAGUAAGAGAGUUUACAAUGUGUGAAAUUGAACAUUUCUGUGACAGCAAGGAACACCCAAAAUUUGAAUCUGUGAAAAAUACUCAAAUGCUGUUCUAUUCAGCGAAUAACCAAGAGCAAGGGAAAGCAGCUGAGAUCAUGACAAUUGGUAAUGCUGUCUCCAAGGGCAUAGUUAACAAUGAAACCCUGGGCUACUUCAUGGCCAGAAUUCAUUUAUAUAUGCUGGCAGUUGGAAUUGAUCCCAAGAAGUUGAGAUUCAGACAACAUAUGAGCAAUGAAAUGGCUCAUUAUGCUUGUGAUUGCUGGGAUGCUGAAUGUUUAUCUAGCUAUGGCUGGAUAGAAUGUGUUGGCUGUGCUGAUAGAUCAGCUUAUGACUUGACCCAGCACACAAAAGCAACUGGUAUUAGAUUGGCAGCAGAAAAGAAGUUGCCUUCUCCAAAGCAGAUUGAAGUAGUUGAAGCUAUUGCUAAUAAAGCAGCCAUUGGCAAGCAAUUCAAAAACAAUGCUAAGGCUAUUAAUGAUGCAUUGUCUUCCUUAGAACCUGCUGACUUAGAGCUACUGCAAACUAAACUUGAAAUUGAGGGUGAAUACAUACUUGCAACAUUAAAUGGAGAAUUCAAAAUGACAUCAGACUUGGUCAGUGUCAAGAAGACCCAGAAAACUGUUCAUGUUGAAGAGAUUAUACCUAGUGUUAUUGAGCCAUCCUUUGGUGUUGGAAGGAUUUUAUACUGCAUUUUGGAGCACAACUUCAAAAUGAGAGAAGGUGACGAACAAAGAACCUAUUUCUCAUUACCUCCUACAGUCGCCCCAAUGAAAUGUGCUGUAUUACCUCUUAGUGGAAAUAUAGAAUUUGCACCAUUUGUGCGAGAACUAUCUCAAGAACUGACCAAUGUAGAUGUAUCACAUAAGGUAGAUGAUUCGUCUGGCUCUAUAGGACGAAGAUAUGCAAGGACUGAUGAACUUGGAGUUCCAUAUGCCAUAACUGUAGACUUUGAUACAAUCCAGGAGCCCCAUAGUGUCACCUUAAGAGAGAGAGAUGGCAUGGGUCAAGUAAGGCUGCUGUUAUCUGAAGUACCAUCAGUUGUAAGAGAUUUAUCUAACAGUAAAAUUUCAUGGGCUGAUGUGGAAGAAAAAUACCCUAAAUUUGAACAGCAAGAAAAUGUAAAAGGCGCUGCUGCAUAG